CCGUGAUCUGCGAUGCGCGCUCCCGAUAAUAAACCUCUGACGCUUUCAUCCGGGAACUACAACGAAUUGCUUCUCCAACAUGGCGGCGUCAGCUAAGAAGAAGAAUAAGAAGGGAAAGACCCUCACUCUGAAUGACUUCCUGGCAGAAGACGGCGGAGGCGGUACUCCUGCUCCUAGCUACCCGCCCAAGUCCACAAGCUGGGCUGAUGAGACUGACGACCUGGAUGGAGAUGUUGCCACAUCUUGGCACACCGAGGAAGAUACGUACCGGGCCCCACCCAUUGACCGGUCCAUCCUGCCCACGGCUCCUCGCUCGGCACGUGAGCCCAACAUCGACCGCUCCAGGCUGCCUCGCAGCCCACCGUACACUGCCUUCCUGGGAAACCUGCCCUACGACGUCACAGAGGACUCGAUAAAAGACUUCUUUCGCGGCUUGGCGAUCAGUGCAGUACGUCUGCCUCGAGAGCCCAGUAAUCCAGAGAGGCUGAAAGGUUUUGGAUAUGCUGAAUUUGAUGACCUGGAGUCCCUUCUGAGGGCCCUCAGUCUGAAUGAAGAGAACCUGGGGAACCGAAGGAUUCGUGUCGAUAUUGCAGACCAGUCAAACGAUAAAGAAAGAGACGGUGGAUCCAUGGGAGGCAGAGAUAGGGGUGGACGAAUGGCAGACAUGGGUCCCGACAAGACGGACAGCGACUGGAGAGCCAGGCCAAGUGCGGACAGCGAUGAUGGACCUCCAAAGAGGGAUGAUGCUUUUGGAGAAAAAUCACGGGACCGGUAUGAGUCAGACCGUUACAGAGAGGGGUCACGACGGGACGAUCGCUAUGAUGGAGGAAGAGACCGCUACCGUGAUCGCUAUGACGACAGAGACCGCAGGGACCGCUAUGACGACAGGGACCGCAGAGACUAUGAUAGAGGAGGCUUUGACUCCCGUGGUGGAGGAGGUCGUCGUGCCUUUGGAAGCAGCUUCCGUCGUGAUUAUGAAGAUGGUCGAGGUAGCAAUGAUCGUUAUGGCGAGAGGGAUCGUUAUGGCGACCGGGAUGACCGGUACGAUAGACGAGAUGACAGGCGCGAGGAGAGAGCUCCUCAGCAAAGACCUAAGUUAAACCUGAAACCCCGCAGCGUACCGAAAGAAGAGGAGGGUAACAGCAGUGGGGGCACAUCUCCAGCUGUCCCUCCGAGCUCUGGAGCCAGGUCCUCAUCCAUAUUCGGUGGGGCAAAACCAGUUGAUACGGCAGCCAAGGAGAGGGAGGUGGAAGAGAGGCUGAAAAAAGAAGAGGAGAGGCUGCAAAGACAACUGGAGGUGGACAAAAGCCGAGUACCUGAAAGGAAGAUGAGGGACAGGGACCCCAGCUGGCGCAACGAGGAAACUCAGUCUGAGCGAUCUCGCACAGAAAGCGAGUCUUCGCAGCCAGGAAGCACCUCUGGGAGAGGGUCGAGGUGUCUAGAUGGCGAGCGCUCCGGGGAGAAUGAGGUUUUCUCUGGGAGAGAAGGCAACUCCUCCCCCGGUUCCUCGCCGCGGCCAACCUCCACCGGCUCCUCAAAGGAGCCGCUGAAAGUGAUGCCUGCCCCUCCUCCCAAGGAGAACGCUUGGGCCAAAAGAAGUGCUGUGAGCACAGGCUCCAACGAGGGAGAAGGUCGGCCCCCGGUCUCUCCCGUCUCUCCGAGCGGCUCGGCUCCCCCAAAGUUCAGCUCGCCAAGUUCUGGAGAUGAAAGAGGGUCUGGAAAAGAUGAGAACAAGGCUGAUGGUGUGCGUCGGGACCGAGGGGCCCCACGGACACGAGGGGGGCCUGCAGGGCCUGGAGCUGGGAGGGGCCGAGGAGAGGUGCCCAACAAAGACAGAAAAAAGGAGGCAGACAGAAAGGACAACAAACGAGACUCCAGACCUCCUCCAGAGCCAAAGAAAUACGAGGAAACCCCAACCCCCAAGUUCAGCUCAGCCAGCAAAUACGCCGCUUUGCUAAUGGACGGAGAACAAGGAGAUGACACCGAGGACGUCGAGUAGAUGACGAAACGAGGCCUGAUAGCGCGUCAAGAGGAGAAAGUGACAAACUCCAGAGAAAAAGAAAAAAAAAAAGAAUCUCACAUAGUCUAUAAAAACAAAAUCUUCUCACAUGGAAGUGGCUCUCAGGGGAGGGGGCCACUACCUCCCUGUGCCCCCCUCCCCUUUUCCUCCCUCUCCCUUGUUUUUCCUGCAACAAUCCUGCCCUUCACCUUCAAUCCACCCAACCAUCCAUCCAUCCCUUCUCUCCCUGCCCCACCCUCAGGACUUUUCAGGUUCUAGAGGAAAACAGUCACCUACUGGACUUGUUUUAAAUGGAAAAGCUGACACAUGGAAAAGUGAUGGCAAACCUUGAAUUAAUUGUAAUAAAUAAAUGGAAAAAGUGAGGAAAAAAAAUGAAUUUGUACAUUUUUGGAUUCCAGGCGUGCUGAGGUAGGAUUUGAUAAAAUGAGCCGUAGCUUACUAAGUGGAGCUUUUUUUUUUUUUUUAUGAGCAGUAUUUAACUUGCAUACUUCUUAGAUAAAUGCAGUUUUUUGCUCUCUGUAUCUCCUGGUAAAUGAUUCGGUAUUGGAAAAUGAACUCGGCAAAUUUAUCGACAAACCCUGUCUUCCACUACUAACGCUCAAGAAUGUCGAGACUUUGGCUAUUAAUUUAACCCCCACUACCCCUCUUAAGUCAAUCAUGUUCAACAAAUUAGGGAUUUUUAAAUUGUUCUGAAUCGCAGUAUUAGCAGAAAGGACUAACGGACUGCGGCGCCUGUCCGUCAAGACCGAAAGAGAAGCGGCCGCCGCUCGAUUCUCCCGGAGAAUCCAUCAAAGUGCCAUUACUGUUUUUUUUUCCACCAAUCGCUGUACAGAUGUUCCUGUGUUUCUACGCUUUUUGAUGAAGUAUCCGCAUCAGUUAAAUGCCCAUAAAAGUUUGGUUUUCAGUCAUGUGAA